GUUUGAUUAUUACAUGAUUCUAUGUUAAUACACUUGUAAUAAUAAAAACAGUGUUCCCUUAUUCAUUCAUAGAACAGAAAGUAAGAACAAACAAACACAUAAGAAAGAGUGAUUCUUUUUCUUCUUCUGAUUGUGAUUUUGAUUUGAUUUGAUUUGGGGAAAUUGAAAACCCUAAUUUGAGUAUGUGAUCUCAAUGAAAAACCCUAGAAUCCAACGCACAUCAACGUAGAUGCUUGUUAUAGGCGGUGUAUCGUGGGAUCUGAAUUGGUUCCUUCAAUUUAUAUUCUCCGCUUUGUUUGUUGCUAUUGGAUUACACACUUUGGUCAAAAACACCGCUUCUAGAUACUUCGAAGUCGACGCUAAUUUCGAAGGAGAUCAACAUCAUCAUCUUCCUCCUUCUUCUCCUUCCAAUUCAAUGCCCGGCGUUCCUAACUCCGAAGGCCAUGUUUGCGCUGUCUGCGCUUCUCGUGGCUCCAAACAGUGUUCUCGUUGUAAAUCUGUUCGAUACUGCUCAACUGAAUGUCAACAGUCACAUUGGAAUUCCGGGCAUAAGGAGAAAUGCAAAAAUGUCGGUGUUUUGAACUCGGGGCAAAAUGGUACUACUAAUGGUGGGUUUAAAGCUUCUGCUGCUGUGGGUAAAAGCUCAAAUUUGAUUGCGUUGGUACCUAGUGGUUGUGGUACUUCCAGGCCAAUCAAGAAGCCUAAAGAUGUUCUUUUUCCUUAUGAUGAAUUUGUUAAACUAUUUAACUGGGACAAAUCAGGAUUUCCUCCCUGUGGACUAUUGAAUUGUGGAAACAGUUGCUUUGCGAAUGUGGUUCUUCAGUGUCUUUCAUUCACAAGGCCACUUGUUGCCUACUUGUUGGAGAACGGCCAUCGGAAAGAAUGCACUUGUAAUGAUUGGUGCUUUCUAUGUGAAUUUGAAAGUCAUGUUCAACGAGCAAGGAUAAGUCCACAGGCGUUUUCUCCAAUGAAUAUUCUCUCUCGUUUGCCUAAUAUCGGCGGGACUUUAGGUUAUGGAAGACAAGAGGAUGCUCACGAAUUCAUGAGGUUUUCAAUUGAUACUAUGCAAUCUGUUUGCCUUGAUGAAUUUGGUGGUGAAAAAGCCAUCCCUUCUAACCUUCAGGAAACAACCAUUAUCCAACACAUUUUUGGUGGCCGCCUUCAAUCUGAGGUUAUUUGCACAAAGUGUGAUAAGACUUCAAAUCAGUAUGAAAGUAUGAUGGACUUGACUGUCGAAAUUCACGGAGAUGCUGCCUCGUUGGAGGAAUGUCUAGAUCAGUUUACUGUCAAAGAGUGGCUUGAUGGGGACAAUAUGUAUAAAUGUGAGGGGUGUCAGGACUAUGUAAAGGCAUGGAAACGUCUUACUGUGAAAUGUGCUCCAAAUAUUCUUACAAUUGCCUUGAAAAGAUUUCAGAGUGGGAGGUUUGGAAAACUUAACAAGAGAGUAGCCUUUCCAGAGACUUUAAAUCUUAGCCCUUACAUGAGUGAAGCUGGAGAUGGAUCUGACAUCUAUAAGUUAUAUGCUGUUGUAGUCCAUAUUGAUAUGUUAAAUGCUUCAUUUUUUGGUCAUUACAUCUGUUACAUCAAGGAUUUCCGGGGACACUGGUAUAGGAUUGAUGACUCAAAGGUUGCUUGUGUGGAAUUGGAGGAGGUACUUUCUCAGGGAGCAUACAUGCUGUUGUAUAGAAGGUGUAGUGCCCGGCCAUCAAGCCUUCAAAUUCAAACUACCGAAUCUUCUGGGAUAGUAGAACAGCGAACUGUGGAAGUGGAACCUAGCCAAACUGAACAAGCUGAACGCCUCUCAAAUAUGAAGGCUUUGACUUGCAGUGGAGAUUUUGAGGUUUCACCAUCUGAUAUUAGCCCAGAAUUGAAGGUUUCUUCCAGCUACGAAUAUGAGUCUUCUGGGAUAGUAGAACAGCGAACUGUGGAAGUGGAACCUAGCCAAACUGAACAAGCUGAACACCUCUCAAAUAUGAAGGCUUUGACUUGCAGUAGAGAUUGUGAGGUUUCACCAUCUGAUAUUAGCCCAGAAUUGAAGGUUUCUUCCAGCUACGAAUACGAGUCUUCUGUUGAAUUGAACUCAGAAGCUCAAAGAGAGCAGUCUGAGGACACAAACAUGAUUGAUGUUGAGUCAACUGAUAUUGCUAACGAUAUUUCUUAUAGUGCUGUUGAAUCAUCUUAUUUGCCCAUUUCUCAUGCUGUCGAAGAUUUGAUGGAUGUAGAUAUGGGAAUACCUAUAGAAGAGACUUCAGGCUGUGCUCAAGAUCAAGAUGAUACUGGUGUGGCUACAUCUUGUCCUUCUCCAGGUUUACCAAAUGAUUUUUCUUUCUUGGAUAAGCAUUCUUCUGUUUCAGUGGACUAUCGAAAUGUGGAGCAAGAUUCAGAACAUAUAGAUGCGGUUGAACGCAAUUUGUUAACAGCUAACAAAGAUGCAUAUUAUGGCAAUGGAUAUGUUACUGUUAGUGCAAAUAAAUCUGCUAUUCCACAUGAAGAGGCUGAUACCCUAUUUUCUGGUGUUGCUUCAUUUCCCCCAGAAAAGGACAUAGGAAAUGGAAUAAAGAAAGUGGAAAUAUCGGCGGAUAAGUUAAUAAUGUAGGUCUAGAUUUUUAUAAUUUGAUUCUUCAUAUCAUUUAUAUCCCAUCAUCGAAAAGAGGUGGUGAGUUGGGAAAUUUUUUUUCUGGGGUUUCAUUAUUUGUGGGAACCUUGGAUCUUAUUUUAACCUUUCUAGAUGGAUUUUCUAAUUUAAUUAAUUAUACUGAUAGAGCAUUA